CAAACGGUGGCUCUGGAAGGAGGCUGGGCGCGAGAUUCGGCGGCACCGACCGAGCCCGCCGCGAGCGCGGCGGCGGCGCAGCCCGGGGGGCAGCGGCGGGGCCAGCCAGCGGCGGGGCCGGGUGGGGCAGGGCAGGGCACGGCACGGCAGGGCAACAGGCCAACAGGCCAGGGCGGGAAGGCGCCGCCGGAGCCCGCGGCAGCUCUGACAGGAGCGGGGAGGCACCGCCGGGCGAGAGGGGGGCCGCUGCGUGCUCCAUCCUUGCGAGCAGGGGCCAGGCCGAGCCAUGCCUGACGCUCCGGGAGCCGGGCCGGGUCGGGGUUGAGGGCGGCCGCCGGGGAGCUGUAGACACCGUGAAGCUCCGCGGGGAGGAGGGGGCCGCCGGAGAAACCCUGCCCGCCCGAAGCCUCCCUGAGCCGCCAGCGCCCUUCUCCGUCCCCCGCCCGACCUGCCGCGCCACCCGGCCGCCAGAGGAGGAGGCCGGGUGGGGGCUCGGAGGCUCCGCGCCGCGUCCCGCUGCGCCGGCGGGCCCCCCUAUGGUGCGCCCCGAGGAUGGCGAAGAGACCGCGCAGUGAGGAAGAUGAUGACCUUCAAUAUGUGGACCAUGACUAUGAAGUUCCACAGCAAAAAGGUUUGAAGAAGAUAUGUAACAGGGUGAAAUGGACGCGUGAUGAGGAUGAAAGGCUAAAGAAGCUGGUGGAACAAAAUGGUACAGAUGAUUGGGCUUUCAUUGCUAGUCAUCUACAAAAUCGUUCAGAUUUUCAAUGCCAGCAUCGAUGGCAGAAGGUACUAAACCCAGAAUUGAUUAAAGGUCCCUGGACUAAAGAAGAAGAUCAGAGGGUUAUUGAAUUAGUUCAGAAGUAUGGUCCAAAGCGCUGGUCUCUAAUCGCAAAACACCUGAAAGGAAGAAUAGGCAAGCAGUGCAGAGAGAGAUGGCAUAACCAUCUCAAUCCUGAAGUAAAAAAAUCUUCAUGGACGGAAGAGGAGGACAGAAUAAUCUAUGAAGCUCACAAGCGUUUGGGAAACCGAUGGGCUGAAAUAGCAAAGCUUCUUCCUGGAAGGACUGAUAAUUCGAUUAAAAAUCACUGGAAUUCAACAAUGCGGAGAAAGGUGGAACAGGAAGGAUAUUUACAAGAUGGUAUAAAGUCUGAAAGAGCUAGUUCAUCCAAACUUCAGCCCCAACCUUGUCUGACUAUGGAACACUUGCACACUCAGAAUCAAUUUUACAUACCUGUUCAGACACAUAUUCCAGUAUACCAGUAUGCCUCACCAGAAGGCAGCUGUCUAGAGCAUGCUUCAGCUUCUUCCAACUUAGCUCAGCAGUCAUUUGUUGAUGAUGAUCCUGAUAAAGAAAAGAAAAUAAAGGAACUUGAAUUGCUACUUAUGUCAGCAGAGAAUGAAAUCGGAAGAAAACGAGUGUCUUCUCAAGCUGGAAACUUACCUUGUUGGUCUGGAAGUUUUGUCACGGAAGAUUGUGUGUCUAAUACACUAAAUAGCCUUGGGGAACAAACAAGUGAGUUCUACAGCAUGGAUGAGACCCACGGCACAUCUGUUCAGCAGAAUUCACCACCUAAGUAUUUGGCUGUGGAAGCAAAUACAAUGCUGUCGUCUCUACAAACCAUUCCAGAAUUUGCAGAGACUCUAGAGCUUAUUGAAUCUGAUCCUGUAGCGUGGAGCGAUGUCACCAGUUUUGAGCUUUCAGAGGCUGUUGCAUCUCCUGUCAAGCCAGCUCCCGUAAAACUAAUGCGGAUUCAACAAAAUGAAGGGGCUGCUGAGUGCCAGUAUAACGUCAGCGUUGUGCUUGAUGGCAAAAAACAUAGUAGCAUCAGUGGCGAGGAAGAAGCAGUUUGUCAAGCAACCCCAAAUUUAACUAAAUUCAGCACUCCGCCUACUAUACUAAGAAAGAAAAAGAGAUUGCGUGUUGGGCAAUCACCAGUUAAUGAACUGAAUGAUGGCUUGUGUAAUGAUGCUAUCAAUAUUGCACUAAAGCAUACACCAGUGAAAACACUACCAUUUUCUCCAUCGCAGUUUUUCAACACUUGCUCUGGAAAUGAACAAUUUAACCUCGAAAAUCCUGCAUUUACAUCGACUCCAAUCUGUGGGCAGAAAGUUCUUAUUACGACUCCUCUACACAAGGAAAUGACACCAAAAGAUCAAAAGGAAAAUGUGGGUUUUAGAACUCCCACAAUUAGAAGAUCUCUUUUGGGUUCAACACCAAGGACCCCAACUCCUUUUAAAAAUGCUUUGGCUGCUCAGGAAAAAAAGUAUGGUCCCCUCAAACUUAUGUCACAACCACUUGCCUUCUUGGAGGAAGACAUUAGGGAAGUUUUGAAAGAGGAAACUGGAACGGAUAUAUUUCUCAAGGAGGAAGAUGACACUGUGUAUAAAAGCUGCAAGCAGGAGCACAACUCUUCUAAAAAAGUCAGAAAAUCACUGGUCCUAGAUCCAUGGGAAAAAGAACAGGUUGGUGCCCAGCUCUUCCCAGAAGAUAAUAGUUUGGAUGUACAGUCAGAAAAUGCAUAUACCACAUCUUUAUUAAUGAUACCAUUGUUGGAAAUACAUGACAACAGAUGUAACCUGACAUCCGAAAACCAGGAUACAAAUCCAGCAAACAAAGCAAAUGUGGUAAUUAAGAAGAAACUGAAUGCAUGUGCUUCAAAAAAUGUCAAAAUGGAGAAAACUCUUCAGUCAAAUUGUGAAUGGGAAGCAGUUGUUUACGGAAAAACAGAAGACCAGCUUAUCAUGACUGAACAAGCAAGACGAUAUCUGAGCACAUACACGGCUACCAACAGCACUUCAAGGGCUCUGAUACUGUGAUGGUCACUGCAACUGACAGCCAUCUCUUUCCAUUGAAACUGACACAAUGUUGAAGGCAAUUCCAGCACAAUGCUUGUGAAUUAAGUCUUUACUUAAGGACAGUCUGCCAAGGGAAACCUUAAAGCUACCUUAAAGCUUCCUUUCUUCUUCUGACUGACAAAGAACAGGCAUGAAGCUCUCAUAGUCUCUACAAUGGGAUAUUGCAAACACUCCUGCAAUGGAUUUCUUUAAUAUUAAAAAAGUAACACCCUGAAAUAUGAUAAAGAAUGAUAAAAAACAUUGCAGUACUGACAACAUACAGAUUUUAGGUCUAUUUUUCAUAUUUAUUCUUUUGACUUGCAUUGCUUUUUUUCUGAUAGUGCAUUUUCAAUAUAGAGUAGGUUUAUAGGUUGUUACUGGUUUCCAAAUGAGCAACAUACAUGACUGCUUUUGCUUAUGUAGCAUUUUUCUAGUAUGUAAAGAAACACAAUGGAAAGGAGUAUAAAAGAAGGAUAGAAAGUUGCACUACUAAUUUUUUUGGUAUGCUGCAAAACAAUGAAAUUAACUACAGUGUUAAAUAUAUUUAUUUGCAAAUGGUACUAGAAAUAGGCGGGGGGUGAAUUAGGCUUUAGUGUAAAGCAUCAGUAUUUUCUUCGUAAAUCUCAGAAUGAGAUGAUUGUUGAAUGUAUUGUACAGUAUGUAGGAACAGGGAAAAUUUUGUAAAUUGGAAAGGAGACUGUUUUUUAUAAUUUAUUUUCAUUUUAAAGCUUAAAUGUAGAUAUUUAUAUGUAUGCAGGUUGUCUAGAAGCCAACGUUGUUUCCUGUUAAAACAGCUAAGAUGAUAAAAGGACAAGUUUAAAGUAUGGAAUAGCAGAAGAAUUACAGUGGUGAAAGUGUACGAAUCUAUACUGUAUGUUACAUCUACAUAAAGAUUGCACUAUAACCCUUAAAUCAUGUUGGUCUACAAAACAAUUACAAGGUACACCUGUAUUGUACAGCAACUGUUCCUGUACCUUGUUUAAAUAUAUUUAGAAAGGAAUGGUGGGGUCCUGUAUGUGACCCAGGAGUACUUUGUCCUGCAUAGGAACUAAAAACGAAUGCAUUUUAAAUAUUUAAAAAAAAAAAAAAAAAAGAAACUUGGCACCUUGGAUCUCAAAACAAUUGUAUCUGCACUUAAGUUUGACCGUUAUAUACUUACUAAAUGUUUGAAGAGCAAAGAGAACAUUCUUUUAUUUAUGAAAAAUUUUUGUCCUUAUUUAAAGGUAUACAGGUCACAACAGUUGCUUUAGUUGCCUAUUUUAGGUAUUUGCACUUAUUUUAUGUCUUUUUUUGAAGGAAUGUUUUGGCUUGCUUUUGUUGUAGAGAUUUUUAUGUAGUAAAUUUUGAGCAAGUUAUAAUGGUGUGUUAUCAGCAAAUACUGACAGGUAAAUAGAAUUGUACACUGUAGUUUUAGUUAUUUAUAAUUCAAACACUCUUCCUCUCCACUCCCGGGUGUGCUGCUACAGAUAGUGGCAGAAUCGGCUUGCUGCUAUGAGAGAUGGAAAGAGCGAGCAUCAUAUGCACUGUAUGUAAACUUACAAAAAUGAUGUCAGGUUCUCUAGUUAACUUUAUGAGAUCAGCCAGUACUAUGCAGGGUGUGGAAAGCAUUCCUAUCACUUUAAUAUCAAAGGUGGUAGAGGAUAAUUUAUUAAUGGAGAAUUUUAACAUGUGAUGAGUGGCACAAGGAAGGUAAUGGGUUAUUAAACUUUUUUAAACAUCUCAAAGCUUACACAAUCCUAUUUUUAUGAGCUUUUUGAUAUUAAAUAUUUGCCUGGCUAUGACAGCAGUAGGCAUAAAUAUUUUUAGCAGUUUUUAAUUCGCAUCAAAAUUUUAAGGGGGGGGGUGUAUCCUAUAUAAGCAAGGGGAUCAGAAAGUAUCCAUCAUGCCAGGAUUACUCCUCACCUAUGAAAAUUGAGAGGAGGCGACUGGAAUUCUUGGCAGUACUAGAUUUAGCUGUGCAUUACCAGAAUGGAUUUAACAGCAACAUUUAAUGCCAGAGACAGCAUUUAAUUCACCAAAAAAAAAAAAAAAGAAACGACAUUGAGAGAGAACGAAUAUCUAGAAUCUGGAUGAUAUAUUUCAGUAGAAGUGGUAUCACCAAAACUGCCUAUACCAAGUUUAAGCAUAGAUUUAUGGUAAGUAGUAUUAAUUUGUGUUGGUAUUGGUUGGAUCGUUUAGUUAACUCCUACUUUGUUGCUUUAGCAGGAAGGUUUUAAUCUUUCAUAUGUCAGGCAUCUUUUAUUACUUUUCGAAUGUUGCGUGCAUUUGCAUUUAUUUCAUUUUAUAAGUAGAUUGUACAUGCAGCAGCCAAACUUGCAUGAAACCUAAAUACAUAUUACUCCGUACUUCUGUUUUAAGGUUUGACAUAACGUGCAACAAAUGCCAUGUUUAUCUUAGUUUUUGUUGUACCACAAACUUUUCUUUUAUGUAAGAGAAUUUCACAUACAAUACAGGCCAUAUUAAUGUCAGAAAUAAAGCAUCUAUGUACCAG